GGACAAUCCAUGCGGCGAUAACAGCAGAAAGGACCGAAACAUUGAGGGUUGAAAAGAUGUCACUUGACGGUGAAAAUGGAAGAAUAGACAUAGUCGAUAGUAGAAAAAGGAUUGAAAGAGAAAAAACCAAGUGACCGAAUGUAAGGGAAUGAAAGUGGAGAACAAGUUGAUAAGCAGUGGACGAGGGUGAAACGUUAUAUGAUAUACGAAGUGAUAGAGCACUGUAGGCAGUGCCCACAGUGAUUUAUUAGCUCGGAUGUUUGAGCCAUGUUCCAUGGAGUGUUGCCGUAGAUAAUUGAUGGAAUAGAACAAUCUAACAUGUCGACACGCGGUGGCAAUGCAUCAUUUCAAAUGGCGAAAAUCCUGUGGGCGUCUAUAAGACUGCGGAGGAUGGGUGUUUUCCCGGUCUAUAGUCAGCAGCAAGUCAUGCGGACCAUUGUUAUCACCAGAAACACGGGACUUACAGCUGUACUAGGUG